AUGGUCACUUCAGAUCCAAGUCUGGACCAAACAGAUCCCAUUUCAAGUCCAAUGAUUCCACCUCCAAUAAUGACAAGUUUCUUAGGAACCUCGGAAAGCGAAAGGGCACCUGUCGAAGAGACAAUUCUCUCUUCAUCAAUUUCAAUCCCUGGGAAUGGCGUGACUUCGGAACCAGUAGCAAUGAUGAUAUUGUCAGCCUUGAGAACAGCCUCCUCCCCGCCCUCAAUAGGGUCAACAUUGAGACUGUGCUCGUCAACAAAUGAAGCAGCACCCUUAUAG